AACUCCCCAAUCACCAACCGCCGAACGGAGAUUCCAGACGUCUGCCGAGACACGCUUCUUCCAGCGUCUUGACUCCCGGCGGCGCAGCGACGAGCAAGCGAUCCCGAUCGGGAAGAAGCUUGCUCAUCCGCCAUGAAGAUCCACCACAUCCCUUGCUUGGAAGACAACUUCGCUUACCUGAUCGUCGACGAGAGCACCGGGGAAGCGGCGGCCGUGGAUCCCGCGGAGCCCGAGAAGGUGGUGAAGGCGGCUCGGGAGCACGGCGUCGACCUGAAGCUCGUGCUCACCACUCACCAUCACUGGGACCAUGCUGGGGGGAAUGAGAAGAUAAAGCAAUUGAUACCCGAGAUCAAGGUGUACGGCGGUUCGAUCGACAAUGUGAAGGCUUGCACCAAUAAGGUGGAAAACGGUGAUAAGGUGUCUCUUGGGAAGGAAACCAACAUACUAUGCCUUCACACUCCUGGCCAUACCAAAGGGCACAUAAGUUACUAUGUGACUGGAAGGGAUGAAGAUCCUGCUGUUUUCACAGGCGACACACUGUUCAUUGCUGGGUGUGGAAAAAUCUUUGAAGGCACAGCAGAGCAGAUGUACCAAUCGCUCUGUGUGACACUGGGGUCAUUGCCAAAACCAACUCGAGUCUACUGCGGCCAUGAGUAUACGGUGAAGAACUUGCUGUUUGCUCUCACCGUUGAACAAGAGAACGCGAAGAUAAAGCAAAAGUUAUCAUGGGCUCAGCAACAGCAGGAGAAAGGCCUCCCGACUAUUCCAUCCACCAUUGAGGAAGAAAUGGAGACCAACCCUUUUAUGCGGGUUGAUUUACCGGAGCUGCAGGAGAUCGUAGGCUGCAAGUCACCCGUCGAAUGUCUCAGGGAGAUCAGGCAGCGCAAAGACAAGUGGAGAGGUUGAGCGAUGUUGUUCUCAACCAAGCGUUUCCAGUCGAAGAUGCAACCAAAUAAAAUGUCCUUGCGUGUAAGGUUGAAUGGGCUCUCCUGCAUUUCCGGGACUGCCACGAUCAUGUCGAAUUUUCACUAACUGUUUGUAAAAGCUACUCCUUUUCUUUCAAAAAUAAGGAUUAUUAUGCAUAAAUGAUGUUGUGUUUGAGAUCUGAGAAUGAAUGGCCAAAUCAUGACAUGCCUGCUUCUGCUCC